UGAGCCCUACCUCUACAUUCUCUGCAAGGAUCAGCUUUAUAGGAGAGUGGUUGCAAAUGAGGAGAUUGAUGGGAUCCUUGCACAGUGUCAUGGAUCAUCCUAUGGAGGUCACUUUGCCACCUUCAAAACAGUUGCAAAAGUAUUACAAGCUGGAUUCUGGUGGCCACAUAUGUUCAAGGAUACACAAGACUUUGUUUCGAAGUGUGAUUCUUGCCAAAGAAGAGGAAACAUCACCAAGAGGAAUGAGAUGCCUCAAAAUCCAAUCCUUGAAGUUGAAGUGUUUGAUGUCUGGGGUAUUGACUUCAUGGGACCAUUUCCAUCAUCUUUUGGCAACAAAUAUAUCCUUGUGGCUGUUGAUUAUGUCUCCAAAUGGGUGGAAGCCAUUGCAAGCCCCACCAAUGAUGCUAGAGUUGUAAUCAAGAUGUUCAAGAGCAUCAUCUUCCCAAGGUUUGGAGUUCCAAGAGUUGUAAUCAGUGAUGGAGGUUCCCACUUCAUUAACAAACUGCUUGAGGGACUUCUCAAGAAGAACGGUGUGAAGCACAAGGUGGCAACUCCUUAUCAUCCCCAAACAAGUGGCCAAGUUGAGAUUUCUAACAGGGAGAUCAAAUCUAUUCUGGAGAAGAUUGUGGGGAUUACAAGGAAGGAUUGGUCCAAUAAGCUUGACGAUGCACUUUGGGCUUAUAGGACAGCGUACAAGACACCACUGGGCACCACACCUUUCAACCUAGUGUAUGGGAAAGCUUGCCAUCUGCCAGUGGAGCUUGAGUACAAGGCACUAUGGGCAAUAAAGUUGCUGAACUUUGACAUCAAGAGUGCCAAGGAGAAAAGGCUCUUUCAGCUACACGAGCUUGAUGAGAUAAGAAUGGAUGCUUUUGAGAACUCAAGAAUCUACAAGGAGAAGACUAAGGCUUUCCAUGACAAGAAUAUCCUGAAGAGAGAGUUUAAAGAAGGAGAUCAAGUUCUUCUCUACAACUCUAGGCUGAAGUUGUUUCCAGGAAAGCUUAAGUCAAGGUGGUCCGGUCCUUUCAAAGUCAAGGAGGUUAGGCCAUAUGGAGCAAUAGUUUUGUGGAGCACUGAUGGAAGAGACUUCACAGUCAAUGGACAAAGGGUUAAGCUCUACAUGGCUACUGCACCAGAGGAAGAUGGGGUUUCAACUCCACUGUCUGAUCCUACCCCGGCCUAAUCUAAAAGGAGGCAAAGUCAAGCUCGGGACUUAAAACAAGCUCACUUGGGAGGAAGUCCCAUGCGUAUCCUUGUAUAUAUUGCAUUGGUAUUUUCAUUUUUCAUCUUAUUGCAUAAAAAAAAAAAAAAAAAAGAGAGAAGUUGUGUGCAGGUGCUUGAUCGGUUCAGUUUUGAGCAGGAGUCGUGCGUGGGAGCGAGGUCUCACAGCGACACCUCAAGGUCGCUCCAGCUGGGAGCGAGGUUUCGAGAGCGACACUCCAAGGUCGCUCGCGUUUUCGUCGCCGGAUCAGAAAAAUUGCCUCAGAGCGAGGUCGAAAGGUCGCUCCAGAUGGGAGCGACGUUAUGGGAGCAACACCUCGGAGUCGCUCGCGGUUUCGACGAAACGGAGCUCAAAAACUGACCCGGAGCGACGUCCUAGAGCGACACCUUGAAGUCGCUCCAGCUCAGAGCGAGGUUUCUAGAGCGACACUCCAAGGUCGCUCGCGGUUUAGUCGAAACACGACGCGAGGAAACGACUCGGGAGCGACCUCUCCCAGCGACACCCUCACGUCGCUCCCGAACCGGUCCAGGUAAGUUUCCUAACUCUAAACCCUGGUUUAAUUCAAGUAAACCGACCCUAACCACCCUAGACCGAACCGGACGACCCUAAACCUACCCCAACCCCCGCGACUCCAUCUCUAUCACUCUCCCCUCCUCUCACAAACUCACAAACUCUCUCAAACUCACCCACACCAAAAUUCCCAAAACCUUCUCAAUUCUCACCCAAAUCAACUAGUUCUUGUUUCUAAAUCCAAGCUUUCGCCCCUGUAGUCUAUUCUUCACUACCCAUUCACCAUUUCCUUUCAUCCAGAGCAAGGUGAAAAUGGUUAAGAAGACAAAGGGAAGGUUGGAAGCUGAGAGGCAAGAAGCCGAAAGUCAAGAGUUUGCACUAAGAGGAAAAGCUUUAACCAGCGAGCCAACUGGCUCAGGGACGCAGAGGACU